CUCCGACCCUAUCGAGCGAAAUCCCGUGCAUGCCCACACGCGAGCUUCCGCCGCGCGCAUUCCCAAACAUGACUGCGGUUCGCUCCAUCUGAAUUCGGCAACUUACCACCAAGCCCACCUAGUUCCAAGCCCAAUGCCUCAAAGCUAGGGAGAAGCAUGGCCUCGCAGCCGCCUGGGCCAGGGCGUCCUUUUUUCCGGGUUCCUCCCGACUCGAAGGAAGAGGGCUAUGGCUACGAACAGUGGAUCUCCAUUGGCGACACUCACGAGGAGCAGUUCUGGGGUGACGAAAUCCUGAACCCCACGAGGAACCUGCACUUUGAGUGCGACAGCCGUGUUCAGGAGUAUUCAAGCCGACGACCGCAAAGUCGACAAGUAGAGUGCAUAGAGGGACACUCUGUCCAAGCCUCAACUUGCACAGAGAGACGUAUGCUUCGCUCCCGUCAUCAGGCGGCGGAAGUUGACCGUACCUGCAAUCAUACAGAAUGGAUCCAGCGCCUGUCUUCGCAAGCGGCGGGUACUAUUACCGACAAAGGAUGUGCAGCUUCAAGGUCGUCAGCUGCCACCAAAGCCGCAGUACACGGACAACUAUAUCCAGCACACGUGAAGACCCAAACGAAGACGUACAGUGAAACUGCUCCGUUCUAUGGCCAACGGGAAUUCACACCUGAGGGAUAUUCUGCUCUCCAAUACGAAAUAGACACAAGAACAGACAUUGACCAUGGUCAACCGGUAACACAAGAAGAUUCCUUGGCAGUUUCAUGCGGCAUGCCAGCUAGCAAUACAUUUCUCCAGGAACCUGGAACUGUGCAGAAUCCUGCUGUUUUCGAAGGUUAUGUUACUGAAAUACCUAGUACAGGGCCGUUGUCUGAGAGUGUUGUUCCUGCAGUGUCUAAUGGACGCGCAAGGGGGACACUUUCCGCAGACAUGACCAUCGGUUUGAUGCCUCAAGGUAAAACUCAGACUCGGACGUCGGUUCACUUUAGAGUGGAGAGUGAAAAAGAAACGUUCGGUCGACAGCUUCUUCAAAGGCCUGAUACUCUCUUUGUGGGCAGCUCUCAAACAGCAUUAAGUGCGGUGGAUCGCAGCAGGCAGCAGUCUGAGUCACAAUACCAGCAGUACUAUCCUCGGCACCAGCGGCAAGACACUAUCCAGAAGACCCGGCAUUUGUCCAUCGGAGAUACGUUGCGGCUGGUACCUGCUGGAAAUGGAGACGUCGUUACCGCGUACGUGGUUGAUGUAAUCGCAGAGGGAGCGGUGUUUGACGACGAUAGGAAAAAGAAGAGGAGAAAGAAGAAGAAAAGGAAGAAAAAGAAGAAGAAGAGGAGGAAGAAGAAGAAGAAGAAGAGGAAGAAGAAAAAGAAGAGGAAGUCAAAGAAGAAAAGGAAGAAGAAGAAGUCGAAGAAAAAGAAGUCCAAGAAGAAAAAGAAAUCUAAGAAAUCCAAGAAGGCAAAGAAAAAAGGGGAAGCAACAGUAGGAAAAGGUAGCAGUCCUGCCACACCGUCUUCGCGAAGCUCUCCGACUACUACUACUACAACCAGUGUGACAAAGCCAAAACAAAAAAUCGGGGACGUGAAGUCCGAUACAAAGGCUGCUCCAGCAUUGCGAGAAUUGAAAGUACUGAUCUCGAGGCCAUCGGUGCCCAAUAUUGCUCCUGCUCCGAUGCCCCCUGCAGUUUGGGCCCGGACAUCGAUGAUGAGAUUGCAACCCGCCAUUUCCCAGACCUCGCAGUGUACCAACUGCGGUACCACCAUGCUGCCUGCGAUUGGUCAGCAGCGAGCCAUGAGGUUCUCCUCCCCUCAACAACCCGGGCCACAACCCUCGUGGUCUUCCAGGUGGGGAAGUCGUGGGCGCUCUCCUCCGCAGUCUCCAUUACCACUGGUCGAAGACGAGUGGCCAUCACAGGAAGGGUUGCAAGAGCCUAGGCGCCGCCCAUCUCGUACCCGUUCCCGGAGGCGCCGGCGGUCUAGGUCAUCCAGGCGACGUUCAUCAAAGCGACGCCGCAGAAGCUCACGGUCCUACAGUUCGAGCAGCUCUGAAUACUCAUCUUUGGAUGAUUAUCCACUUCGACGUAGACCCAGAAGCAUUUGCGGACCUCCUCCCGAACCGUACGAUGCUGAUCCGCCUCCAGUCGACCCCCUAGAAAGAUACUACACGGAACCUGAGAUUAUAGGAAGACCAGGCAGACCGACGUAUGCUAGUCCUGGAUAUAGGAGACGGGCAGGAUCUUAUCCAUUUCGGAAUGCACGUUCAUACGACAUAAGCCCUCGCAAGAUCCCGUGCUACACAGAAGACACUGGCGGUCGUACCGUGUCUCAAGAGCAAAUGCCCGUCGUCGUCGAAUCUGAAGUUAUGCUUGUACCUCAGAAUCCACUUCAAGACAGAGGUGCUCAGACAGUGCCACCAACCACUGCAGCGUCAGUGCAGUGUGUCAUGCGAAAUUCUCCCCAAGCAGCGCAACCUCAAGUUAUACAGCCACAACCACCCCAAAUUCCUUCAAUGACACUGGCGACUCUGGCCGCUACUGCUCUCCCUGUGGUACAGCCAUCUCCCAUAGCUCUUGCACAACUGCCAAUGCCUGCGACACCGUAUUCACAGCCACUCCCCAUAACACCGUACGUCUCUUCCGCACCCCUGCUCGGUAGCGCUGCCUGGCAUCCAGGCUUGUAUCCAAAUGCGACGUCAAGUGGUACAUUUUCCACGGAUGAUACGUGGGUCAAGGUGUCCGUGGACACUCAGCAGUCAUCUUCAAGUUACGUGUCUUCAGGUCCUAGACCCAUGGGCUUGUAUACAAAACCGCCCAGUGACUCCUGGUGGUCACCCUACGGUUACAUGAAGAGGAUGAACCAACAGGGAAAUGUUGCAGUUACCUUCAUCUUCCUUGUUGGUAUUGUAGCAUGCGUUGUAGCUAUCCUCAGUCGCUUCGGAGGUGGGCGGUCACACAUCCUACAAGAGUCGGUCGACGCGGUGGAUGAUGACUCUCACGUCAUGCACGGUCCGUGGACCAAUCAAACCGGCGGCGGAACUCUUAUGAAACCUUACGGACUCUGUCGGACGCUCGAAUGCCGGAGAGAAGGCUUGUUCCUGAAAAGCCUUGUCGACAACGAGGGAGCUUGCACGAACUUCUACGAUUACGUCUGUUCGCGCACCUGGAAGAAGGCCCACAAUGAAGGAUUGUCGUCCGCUGACCUUAUGGUGAGGGGCGCGGCGUCUUCCAUUAUUAGCGUCAUCAAGGCCGGUAACGUGAAAGACAGGAUAGCAGAAGAAGCCAGAGGCCUAUGGAAAGAGUGCAUGGAUGUUGACACAAUCAGGAAGCUCGGCAAGAAGCCGUUUACUGCAGUUCUCAACAAAGUUGGGUUGGAUGGAUGGCCAUACGGGCUUGCUGCUAACGUCACAGGGAAAAACGUUUGGAAUGUGACUGGAGCUUUGAUGCGUCUGCUAAGUCUGAACACUUUUCUAACUAUCGUCGUCGAAACGAUCGCCACCAACAACACAGCUCUGGUAACUAUUCUGAAAGGGCCUGUACGAACAUCUACCGCCUAUUUCCACGUCAAUGACACGAGCGAGGAGUUAUUUCAAAGAAUCACAAAUAGAGUAACGUUUCUGGAUCCACAGCACGAAAUGGAUGAAAUUGUCGGUGGCAUCGUGGCAUUUUUAAGAACUAUUUCCAAACUGAGUGACUUUGAACAUGACAAUGCGGCUAUCGACAAUCCAAAUGAAUUUCAAGCUUUCAUAUCGUCCGCGUUAUCUGGCAUUUUAGAUCUCGGUAAUGGCACUGUCAUCAGUAUCCGCCACGGAGAAGCUGUGCAGGAGUUAUACCGGAUGAUACAGUCGAUGCCACCUAGAGCAGUUCUUAAUUACCUGGGCUACGCUGCAGUUGACAAUCUCUGGCUGUUCUCCCCGCAAGGGCAUCUAUCAUCGGAACAGAUAAGGGCUAGAGAGCACGACUGCAUUCGUAUGGUUGAGCGGGCAUUGCCGACGCAGGUCCACUACUUAGCUUACCUGUCCACGAAGCAUCACCUGGAUGUUAGUUUUUUCACUGACUUAGCCCACAACACAAAGCACCAGGUCAUCAACUCCAUACGAAAUCUGUCCUGGAUGGAUACCAGCACAAAAACUCGCACCAUCGAACAAUUGUCAAGUACACGUGUCAAACCCUUCUUUCCGCAAUGGAUGUUAUACAACCACAUGUAUCCAAAAGCAUCUCGUCCAAGCCUCACUCCACUGGAAGCUCUUGUCUCUUAUCAGUCAAUAAUGCAAAACUCCUUCGAGGAAUCCGUUAAAGCUCGAGUAAUCAAGGAGGACGACCACUGGAUGGGAUCAGUGUUUGACCAGGACUGCACAUAUGACGAAGAACGCAACGUGCUUUUCCUACCACUGUCUAUGGCUAACUCAACAAAGGUUGCGACGAAACUCCUCCUCUAUUUCCACAUGCCACAUGUUGGAGUACAGCUUGCAAGAUGCCUUCUUGAGGCUGUAGGCUCUUCAAAACACACCAAUAUUUGGCCACAGCCCACUGUUCGAAAAUUCGCGGAUGUCCGCAAGUGCUUCGAGGAGCCUCACCUUUCUGGCGCCGUCCCAGUUCAGGACCCCAGUAAAAGGCCGUCCAUUACAGCUGGUGAUGUUUUCGAGCACGCCGCCGUCAUUCAAGCCCAUAACGUUUUCACGAGCGGGAUUCGUAAGCUCAGCAAGAACAUUCAAGACUAUCGACUCGAGAAUGCCAAGGACUUGUCCGCCGAACAACUGUUCUACAUCUACUACACCAGUGGAAGGUGUCAUAGUUAUGGUGCUAAGUACGAAACGCCUCGAAUGUCCCGACAUGAAAAUUCGAAGCUGGUGAACCUAGCUCUGUCGCACGACAGCUUGUUCCACAAAGCGUUCAACUGCAGUCAGAAUACGGCCAUGAAUCCGAUGAAGCAAUGCCACUUCUGGACGCGGUAACACUGGCGGUAAAAGUACGCUACAUACGCGCUAUGCAUAAGUGCAGCGACAGUGGAAUUCUCAUCGCUCAGCACUAUAGAGAAUAACGUUCACACACUGCACGGGCAUUAACGCAAUUCCGUAACGGAAUGAGAAUAAACUUCCGUAGCAUGUUCA